AUUGAAAACCCCGUAACCGUCACAAAUUUGUCCCGCCGAUAUAACCGCGCCAUUUCACAUUUCAUUUUCAUUCAAUUCAACCGACUUAACGUUCAUCUUGUGUCCAUUUAAAUUUUUUGACGUCCGUUGCUAAAUUAUUUCGAUUCAUAAUGCGUGAAUGUAUUAGUGUCCAUGUUGGUCAGGCUGGUGUGCAAAUUGGUAAUGCCUGCUGGGAGCUAUACUGUUUAGAGCACGGUAUUCAACCUGAUGGACAGAUGCCCAGUGAUAAAACUGUUGGAGGUGGGGACGAUUCAUUCAAUACUUUCUUCAGCGAAACUGGAGCUGGUAAACAUGUACCAAGAGCAGUGUACAUUGAUCUUGAACCUACUGUGGUAGAUGAAGUCCGUACUGGUACAUACAGACAGCUAUUCCACCCUGAGCAGUUGAUUACAGGAAAGGAAGAUGCUGCCAACAACUAUGCGAGAGGACAUUAUACCAUUGGAAAAGAAAUUGUUGACCUUGUACUUGACAAAAUUCGUAAGCUUGCAGAUCAGUGCACUGGCCUUCAAGGUUUUCUUAUUUUCCAUAGCUUUGGUGGUGGAACUGGGUCUGGUUUUACUUCUUUGUUGAUGGAGAGGUUAUCUGUUGACUAUGGAAAGAAAUCUAAGCUUGAGUUUGCCAUCUAUCCGGCUCCUCAGGUGUCAACUGCUGUUGUUGAGCCAUACAACUCCAUCUUAACAACUCAUACGACCUUAGAGCAUUCUGACUGUGCAUUCAUGGUAGACAAUGAAGCUAUCUAUGAUAUUUGCCGACGAAACCUGGACAUUGAAAGACCCACCUAUACUAAUUUGAAUCGUCUAAUUGGACAGAUUGUAUCAUCUAUAACUGCUUCCCUUAGAUUUGAUGGAGCUCUGAAUGUGGAUUUAACAGAAUUUCAAACAAAUCUUGUACCAUAUCCAAGAAUUCAUUUCCCUCUUGUUACUUAUGCACCAGUUAUAUCUGCUGAAAAAGCUUACCAUGAGCAGUUAACUGUAUCCGAAAUUACUAACGCCUGUUUUGAGCCUGCUAAUCAAAUGGUUAAAUGUGAUCCCAGACAUGGCAAGUACAUGGCCUGCUGUCUAUUAUACCGUGGUGAUGUAGUACCCAAGGACGUCAAUGCCGCUAUUGCUGCAAUUAAGACAAAGAGGACAAUUCAGUUUGUAGAUUGGUGUCCAACUGGUUUCAAGGUUGGUAUCAACUAUCAGCCUCCAACAGUGGUUCCAGGUGGUGAUUUAGCAAAGGUACAACGUGCAGUCUGUAUGUUAUCUAAUACUACAGCCAUUGCUGAAGCCUGGGCCCGACUUGACCAUAAAUUCGAUCUUAUGUAUGCUAAAAGGGCUUUCGUACAUUGGUACGUAGGAGAAGGUAUGGAAGAGGGUGAAUUUUCUGAGGCUCGAGAAGAUUUAGCUGCCUUGGAGAAAGAUUAUGAAGAAGUUGGAAUAGAUUCAGCUGAAGGUGGUGAAGAUGAUGGCGAUGAAGAAUUUUAAACUUUUAUUUUAUAUGAUUCUGUGUUUCAAUAAAUCUCUCUAAAUUAU